AUGGGUCAGGGAUACUCUAUUACCACCCUUUCUGCGGGGUCUGCUGGCAUCGACAUACCAGAGUUGGCCGACCUUGUAUACGAAAAAUCCCUGGGAACGGCAAGAUUUAUGAAAAGCAUACGUGCUCGACAACACAAUGGGAUAGUGUUUGUUAAGGUGAUCAUGAAGCCGUACCCAAAUUUGGAGCUUGACCCGUAUAUCAAAGCCAUAAUUCGUGAGAGAAAAGUUUUGGCUGCCAUCCCAAACGCCCUUCCAUAUCAGCGGGUGAUUGAGACUGCAACCAGUGGGUAUCUGGUGCGUCAGUACAUUCACAGCUCUCUAUAUGACCGGAUCAGCACACGACCCUUUUUAGAAGACAUGGAAAAGAAGUGGAUAUCCUUCCAAUUGCUCUCUGUCCUUCGUGAUUGUCACUCUCAAAACAUCUUUCAUGGCGACAUAAAAAGCGAAAAUGUCUUGGUUACAUCGUGGAACUGGGUCUACCUAUCCGACUUUUCAUCUUCUUUCAAACCAACAUAUCUCCCUGAAGACAACCCAGCCGAUUUCUCAUUUUAUUUCGACACUUCUGGUCGCCGGACUUGCUACCUAGCUCCUGAGAGGUUUUUGAACGUUGGUGAAAGUCCAGACGGUCUUCAAGUCAACUGGGCGAUGGAUAUUUUCAGUGCUGGAUGCGUAAUCGCAGAAUUAUUUCUGGAAUCUCCGACCUUUACACUAAGCCAGCUCUAUAAAUAUCGCAAAGGUGAAUAUAACCCAGUGCAAGGCCGUCUGGCAGAAAUACAGGAUCCAGAUGUUAGGGAGCUUAUCUUACACAUGAUAAGCAUCGAUCCAGAAUCACGGUACUCGGCUGAAGAAUGCUUAAACUUUUGGAGGAAGAAAACAUUUCCCGAAUACUUUUACAGCUUUCUUCACCAGUAUAUGGGAAUGAUCACCGAUCCAUCAUCAGGCCACCUUUGCACCACAAAUAUUAAUGAAGCCGAUAACAGGAUUGAGAGAGUUUUUCUCGAUUUUGACAAAAUAUCUUACUUUUUGGGAAUUCACCCCCAAACCUUUCCUGAAACAUCAAACACCGCUACCCCGCGGUUGACAAGUCAAAUGGAAUCACUCCAACUAGAUUUGCCUAUAUCCGAGACAUUAUCUUCGAAGUCCGCUCCUGGCGAUGUCGACGGUAUACUAUUGUUUCUAACACUUGUAGUUUCAAGCUUGCGAAAUACGGCCAAAGCGUCUGCUAGGGCAAAAGCAUGCGAUAUCCUUCUCGCAUUCGCGCACAAAGUCCCAGACGAAGCAAAGUUGGACAGGAUCUUACCCUUCCUUAUACUCUUACUAAAUGAUCGCUCUGAUAUUGUCAAGAUUGCGGCCGUUCAAAGUUUGACACAACUUCUCGAUAAAGUUCAGGUUGUAUCUCCGGUAAAUGCAUAUAUAUACCCGGAGUACAUAUUUCUAAGACUUCGGCCGCUCAUUCUGGGCCCUAGUAGUAAUCCAGCUCCCAUGGUCAGGGCUGCAUAUGCAUCUUGCAUUGCUUCUCUUGCUCAAUCUUCACUUCGUGUUUUAGAUAUGGUACAGGCUCUGCGAUCAGACGUACGUUUAAUGAAAUUAGUCCCCGUGGGAUCAGAGUUGGGCUGGGCAGAUGACGCUUCUUACCAUAACCUGUUCGACGUUGCUCGGGCGGAUUUGCUGGAUUUCUUUGAAUUCCAUGUUAAGGCUUUGCUAACUGACCCGGACGUUUCUGUUCGUCGAGCGUUUUUAGGCUCCGUUUCUAGCCUUUGCGUUUUCUUUGGUAACCCAAAAGUUAACGAAGUCAUUCUAAGCCACUUAAACACAUAUUUGAAUGACGCGGACUGGAUGUUGAAAUGUGCAUUUUUUGAGGCCGUUGUGGGUGUUGCUGCAUACGUUGGUAGCACCAGUGUCGAGGAAUUUAUACUUCCACUUAUGAUUCAAUCAAUGGCUGACCCGGAAGAGUUUGUGGUUGAGCGUGUUCUCAGGUCCCUUGCUAGUAUGGCUAAUCUUGGUCUUUUUCAAAGAUCAACUACCUGGGACCUUUUGUACAUUACGAUACGAUUUUUUGUACACCCAAGCCCAUGGAUACGCGAAGCAGCUGUGCAUCUUGUUGUUGCAUCCACCUCUUUUCUCUCUAUUGCCGAUAAAUAUUGCAUUGUGUCACCUCUUGUGCGUCCAUUUCUCAAAGCCAACACUACGGAUAUCUCCGAAUCUCAACUUUUGGAUGCACUCAAAAAGCCAUUGCCAAAAAGUGUGUUUGACAUGGCGUUGGUUUGGGCUACCAAGGCCGAAAAGGGUGCCUUUUGGAGCUCGGCUGCGCAAGACAGUACCUUUAUUUUAGGGGGCAGUUCGGUCACGAAUUUUGGAAAACUUCGCCGGUCAGCUUUGAGCAAUAUUGCAACAAGCAAAGAGGAUCAGCAAUGGAUCAGCCGCCUGAGGAAUUUAGGCAUGGGCCCGGAAGACGAGUUCAAGCUUCUUUCGUUAAAGGAGUAUAUCUGGAGAGUAGCUGUUGGUCGGCGGAAGGAGCCUCAACCUUCUAAUACCUCUAUCGAUAUAGUCCCACUACGCCAAUAUGAUGUGACGCUACAGACCGUUAUAUUUGAUAAGAAGCAAGGGCCAAAGCAGCCUGUAUAUUCGCCAACUAUUAGGAAGACACGGUCGACAGAUGACGAUACUGAGGGGAAAACGCAUACAAUUGCUGACGCUUUACUUGACGCAUCAACCACGAUUGGUGGAAAUGGUGGGGUCUCCCAGAGAAAUCUACCAAAUCGCCUCUCCAGGCCUCAGAGUAUCGAAGCAGUAUCGACUCGUCAGCGCAGUCCAGGGUGUUUGGGACAAGAUUCCCUAGAAGACCAUUCGCCGACCCUGCCGACCGAUUUGCCAGAAUCCACUAAUUCAUCUACUGCAGCUUUAGACUCCGAACUACGAAAUACAGGAAACCAGAUUGGAGCAGGGACGUCUGUUACCAGGACCAGUUCAUCUAUGCGAGGAUCAGACACUGCUUCUUUACAGGCUGGGAACGAGGAUAUCCGGAGGAAACACAGUGCAAUCAACCUUCUUAAUCGUCAGGAGAACUAUAAAGCCUAUGCUGAAACCGCAACUACUUCUACCAAUGUCCUUGGAGAAGUUGAUACCCCAUUUCGGGGUAGCCCAUCGCAAACGCAACCUACUAUGCAGGCCGCAGAACAGAGUCGGCAGUAUCACGCAAACCACACCUACCGAGGCAAUGACCCCACAAUUUUGAGACUCUUAGAUACUGUAUUUACAGAGAAUUAUCCGACAGAUCUGUUUGAUUUUGGUCCAAUUGUGAUGUCAAUUUCUAGCAAAGCCCCGAUCAAAAAGGCUAGUGGACACUCGUCAAACAUGCCUUGGAGACCACAAGGAACUUUAGUUGCAAUGUUUGGUGAACACACUGGUCCAGUUAACAGAGUUGCUGUAGCUCCGGACCAUGCUUUUUUCGUAACCGCUUCGGAUGACGGUACUGUGAAAGUAUGGGAUACUAAUCGCCUAGAGAAGAAUCUAACACCGCGGUCUCGCCAAACACAUCACCACGAUGCAGGAGCAAAAGUCAAAUGUGUGACAUUCGUCGAAAAUACAUACACUUUCAUCAGCGCAGCAACGGAUGGUAGCGUUCAUGCUAUUCGGAUAGAUUAUCAAAAUAUCAACGAUACACCUCGGUAUGGUAAACCCCGGCUUGUCAGAGAGUAUAGGAUCAUGUCCAAUGUGGAGGAAAGCGAAUACGCCGUUUGGAUGGAACAUUAUCGGACAGAUCUACAUUCAAUGCUCUUAAUGGCCACCAGCCGAUCUAGAAUCAUUGCUCUGGACCUAAAAUCGAUGAAAGAAAUUUUUAUACUUCAAAAUCCGGUGCAAUAUGGAAUUCCAACCACAUUUUGCGUGGAUAGAAAGCGAAAUUGGCUCCUUGUUGGUACGACGCACGGAAUAAUGAACCUUUGGGAUCUCCGAUUUUGUAUAUUAAUGAAGUCAUGGGGACUUCCUGGUGGUACGCAAAUUCACCGCCUUGUUAUCCAUCCUUUGAAAGGUCGGGGAAGAUGGGUCUGCGUUGCCGGUGGGGGAAGCAAUAGCUCUGAAAUUAUGGUCUGGGACAUAGACAAGGCCCAAUGUCGAGAGGUAUAUCGUACUGCUAUAACGGGCAAUAGCCCUAGUACCAAUGGCGCCAAUAAAGCUACUGCAACACAACGCAACGCCCAUUUUACCCCAGACACAACUUGGAAGGCAUAUGAGCCAUGGCGCGUUGACGAUGAAAAGCCUGAGUCUCUUCUUUCACGCUUCGCUGCUACUUCGUCACUUGAACCAUCCUCCAACAGCAAUAUCUCCGAGCGAAAUGGAAUUUGCGCCAUUACGGUGGGUCUUGAUGUCCCUGAUCCCAAUGCCGCUGUCGGAGCCCAACUCGAGAAUACCUCCUCUUCCAAAUGUGGUUUUCUUGUUUCUGGGGGUGCAGACCGCAUAGUUCGAUUUUGGGACACCUCCCACCCGGAUGCAUCAACAAUAGUUAGCGCCCCUGAUUUCAUAUUCGAUUCUCCCGGAACGUCAACAAAACCCCGGUAUGAAAUCACGCACCCCACGCCUUCGUUAACAAUUACAACGGAGUGGUUACCCAGCCCUGGUGCGUCUAAUUCUUCUGCUGGACGGCCUGCAACCGACUUGAAGAAAGGUAGCUCAACAGUGCCAGCAACGCGGCCGUCACGUAAUACAAUGAUCAGUGUGCAGCAACAGCAAUUGUUGAGGAGUCACUUAGACAUGAUUCUCGAUGUGGCAGUUCUCGAGGUACCGUAUGGGAUGACAGUUAGCGUGGAUCGCGGUGGGAUGAUUUAUGUUUUCCAGUAA